AAGCAAAUAUACGACUGGCAGGCCAGCAGCAGAAAGUAAAAUUUGGCACAUGGUCCAUUUUUCUCCGUAGUUCACAAGUGUGGAAGUUUCCCAAGUGUAGUGGAUUGUUCCGACCGGAAAGAAGCGCAUUUGAUGUUCAGAACUAGUGCACGAGCACUUCCUACUAUCGCUACAUUGUAAAUACCUUUGUAUAUAUAGCGGAGAUGAGCACACAAACCCGUUCCGGAGGUGGUGGCGGUGGCCGCAACAAGUCCAAAGCCAGCAAGGAGAACAAAGAGAACGCAGGCAUGGACGAACAACCGCAGCCACAGUUGCAGCAGCAGAAAGGCAAUGCCACAGUGAACUCUGGCGGCGGCGAGAAACAGAAGAAGGGCACAGAUAACAGCGGUUCGAAGGGUGGUGACUCCAAGGACAAACAACAUCAGCAGACCACCACACACACAAUCAAGACGAAGCAGCCGACUGCCGAACAGAUUCGCAUUGCUCAAAUCACAGAUAUCAAAAGCGGAAUGGACGAUCCGAAGAUACAGGAGAAGAUCCAGAAGCUGAUGGAGACAACGCAACGUUCGGAAGAGGAGGUUUGCUGCGCUCUUCAGGAGUGUGACAAUGACUUGGACCGCGCUGUGAUCUUUCUUCUCGAAACCCUUCCGGUCGGAGCAUUCGCCACCACUUCCAAAAAGAAGAAGAACAAAUCGCAGAACAAGGAGCAGAAUGACUCUGCUACUGGUGAUGGCGAUUGGGAUAAUGGUGGCAAUGUAGGGUCAGGAUCUGGUGGAGGUGGUGGCCUGAGUGCAGAUUCCAAGGAUCGCCGUGGCAAUCGUCCAGGUAAUCAGCGCUCAGGUGGCGGCCCAGGAGGUCCUGGUUCUCGUGGAGGUCGUGGAGGCUUCCGUGACGGUGAGCGCGGUGGGGACCGUGACCGCAAUGGUUUCGACCGUGGAGGUCGUGGACCUCGUGGUCGUGAUGGUCGUGACGGUGGUCCUGGCCGUGGCAGUUACGGAGGAGGAUCUCGUGGCGGACGUGGUGGAGGCCCUCGAGUUGGCACACGUGGUCCAGGAAUGCGGGAAUCAAAUCGAGCACCGCGUAUAACGGAUCACCAGGAGAUUGACGUAUGGGACUCAGUGGCGACACCUAGUGCUAAUGAUCUCAACAAACCUGAGGAGUCGUCAGCAUUUGCAGACACUUGGGGAGAUUGGGACAACGAAGAGUACACUGGUUCGCUAUCAGAUACCAAAGUUUUCACGCCAAGUACGCAGGUAGCAGCUACAACGCCACCUGCCCAACAGCAGCAGCAGCAGCCUACGUCUUCGUCAACGCAAUCUCAGCCAACGUCGCAGCCGCAACAGCCAACGACACCGCAGCCAGUGCAGUCGCAAAUAGCGCCGGUUCAACCUGCAACGGUUUCAUCGUCGGUAACGAAUCCUACGGAACUGUCUGCCCCUCCAGGUUUAGAGCAACAGAUUCUUAACCCUCCGCAGCCGAAAGAGACUGAUCUGGUGCAGCAAUACAGCACCACCGUCGUAUCGAGUACGGCCACAGCAGCAGCCGCUGCGACAGUUCAGUAUCCAGAUCUCCAUUCGGCGCCAAGUGCCGCGCAGCAUUUGCGGCAAGCUCUUGAGAUGCCACAGAUCAACAACUCAUCGUCGUCGCUCUCCGCGGAACAAUCACAGUAUUUCAACACACUAUCUUCUCAGAAUUCCAAUCUCCAAUCGAGUGUAGUGAACUCGUAUCAGCAGAGCUCUGUGCAAUAUCCGACUUCGUACGGCUCGAGCAGUACCUACAGUGAUCAGGUGACAUCCUCUCAACAAGCACCGACGGCUCGACGGCAGCGGGCACGUGUCCCGCCGCCGUCGAAAAUUCCGUCAAGUGCUGUCGAAAUGCCUGGUGAUAGCCUGAACAACAUCGGCUAUCUGGACGUGCAAUUUGGUGGUCUAGACUUCGGCACGGAUGAUACUUUCGAUAGCGUUCCGGUGACGGACAAGUUCAACACGAACAGUCUCGAACAGAGCACACCAUCGUCAGUGCAGCUUCCAUCUGCAGUUCAACCGACACAGUCGGAGGUUAACGACUACCAGAGUAAACCUAGUGUCGUUAACAAUCUGCAGCAAAAGUCCAGUCUUACUAGUAGCUUGCAAAGCACGCAGAUUCUACCUGGACAAAAUGAUGCUCUGACGGCCACUCAGAGCGAUAGUCUGUCAAAUAGCUACUCUCAGCGUAACACCUCAACCGUUGUUCCUUCUUCUGUUAGUUCCGGCGUAAAUGUGAAUUCCAUCAACAGUACUACGUCAACACUGGAGCAACUGACCAAGACUGAUCCCUAUAGUCAGUCCACCGGGACGAAUGCCGGCUCCGGAGGAUAUCAAAACGUUUCGUACUCAGCGUCGCAGGCGAAUAAAACUUCUUCGUAUCCAUCGUCGGCUGCGCCGCAAGGAUACAACAACUCUAGCUACUCUAGCACACAGGUGUCAACCAACACAUACCCCGCGUCGUCCAACAACUAUAGCUCGUAUAACCAGAGUGGUGUCAAUUCGUACCAACAGCCUAGUAGUAACGUCUCAAGCAGCGUAGUGCCCAACAACAACUCCACCAGUUCGGUUGGAGUCUCUACGGUGAAUCAGUCUAAUCCUAACCUGCCGGUGAACAACAAUGUUAGCAAUAACAGCAGUUCGAACACCAACACUGGAUACCUGUCCAGUCAGUAUCCGGUCAGCCAGACGUCGUCGGCUUUCCCCUCGCAACAGAGCUAUCAGAACAGCUCCCAGAAUGUAUACGGAAACACCGGACUGAACAGCAACACUGGAUACUCUGGCAGUACCAGCACAUCCUCCGGACAGUACAGUAAUUUUAGUAGCUCCAAACUAAAGGAUACCCCGGUGUCUACUCAGUUUGACAGCGUCUCGUCCAGCACGGUUUCCAACAACAACAGUGCGAACAAUAACAGUGUGUCGAGUUCAUCGUCCUCGCUGCCCAAUAGCUCCGUGGUAUCCACGACAAGUAUGAGUUCACCAUCGCUUGGUUUAACGAAUACUAAAGUGACCAAUUCCACAGCUAAAAGCAGCAGUAGCAGCGGAACUGGAGUGGUGCCCAACAUACCAAUGGUCAGCCCAUACAUCCAGCCCGGUGUGCCGUUCUAUCAGCAGCCACUUUAUUCGUACGAAGACCUGCAAAUGCUUCAGCAGCGUAUGUCACAUGUGCCUGGAUACUACGAUAUGAACUACCAGACGCCGACGAGUCUCGGUGCGGCCGGUGUGCGCGACGCUAACCUUGGUUCCGUCGCGUACUCAACCAUGUCCGAUGGUCGGUUCACACGGACCGAUAACAACUCGUCUCCUGUUAGUAAUGUUCCAAGUACCAUGUCACAACAAACAGGGUCUGGUGGUCCUAUGUUGAACCUGCCAUACGCUUAUUUUUACGGCGGCAAUGUGAUGCCCGGCGGCUUCCAAUAUGGCACCCCAGCAGUUUAUCCUCCUCAACCAAUGGCAACGAAUGCGACGUCCGGAGGACAGUUCCAAAAGCCGGCAUACAACAGUGGUUAUGGAACUAGUGGCUACGAUACACUGAGUCAGUCUGGGCAGGAUUAUAACAAAAAUCCCUACCCGUCUUCGGGUGUUGGACAACAGUCCAAGGGACAGACUGUAUCGAACCAGCAGUCAGCAGGAGGAAGCGGUUCGGAUAUAGCGCCUUCGAUGUAUGGCAAGAGCCACGUUGCGCUAAAUAAAGUCAAUUCGUACGAGAAACAAUCGUUUCAUUCUGGCACUCCGCCACCUUACAACAUAGCCGGAACACAGACUGCUGGUGCAACGUCCGGUCAGCCCUACGGACAGCAUCUCUAUAUUCCGCAGAUUCCGACGCACCACAACAUCAACAUGCAUCAGGCGAUGCACCAGAUGGACAAUAGAACUUAUAAUAGUGGUAGUGGUGUGAUGAGGGAUUCCAACAGUAGUGGUCAAAGACCACAAUCGAACAGCCAGGGCAAGACUGCAACCAAGCAAGGCUAUUCUCCGUCUUAUUGGACUGGGCAGAACUAAACUACAUGUCUACAUUUAAACAUAAUACUAAAGCUCGUGUAAUGUAUUUGAAGCGAUUUGUAAUAAGCAAAAAACGGACGCAGAAUAAAAAAAACAAUAGCAGGUACAUUCGAACAUUCAUCCAAAUAUACCUUCCCACAGUUGUUGGGAGACCUUCGUUUAAAGCUGCCCAUUAAUAAGACAAAUAAAACCCCGUUUGUGCGGAACGCUCUCGUUGAGUUGAAAGAUUGGAUUUUGUGAGAGAGAAUUAGAGGAAAGAGAAGAUGGAGUAUUUCAGAAAAAAUAUAAGCGAAAAAAGAUCCACUUAAGGCUUUAAAAUGAUGCUGAAGCGAACGAAAAGAAAAUAAGGCAAACAAUUCAACCUUAUUCAAAGUAAAACAAAUCAAUGAUUGAAUUAAAUACACUUUCACAAACUCACAUUCGUAAAUAAACAACCAGGUCAACAAUAUUUCAAUGAAAGAAACAUUCACACACUAUCUCAGAAACGAGCAGUUGCAAGUAUUUUCGAUUUUCGUUUAUUUUUUUUCUUAUUGAAGGAAAAAGUCUUCUUUUAAAUCUUGUUUAAUUGAUCCUGAUCGAAUCACUCUUAUAAAAAAUUAAGAUGAAGAGAUACAAUAGAAACCAUGCGUCGCUUCAAGCGAGUGGAAACACAGUCAACUCUCUUUUACGCGAUGGUCACACUUCAACAUCGAAUGAAAGAGAGGCGACUGUAGUGUACAAAAAAACGCGUGCGCAGUGGCAAACAAACAAAACAUAAACACACAUAAAUUAAUAACAUGUUCUGUAAUAAUUUAAUUUAAAUGUAGAAACGAAAUUUCUAAUAUACCUGUAAACAUUUUA